UUCAAUUCAUUCUAAUCUGUUAAAACACUGUUCUAUACUGUCUAUUAUCUUGACCCAGGUAAUACGUUCAUUACAACACAUUAUUAUGAAUAAUAAUAAUAGUAAUAACGUUAUAAAAAUAUAAUAUAUAAAUUAUAAGAAGUACAGUAAGUGUUUUAUAGCAGAAAGGCACCACAGUGCCAUCUACAGACUAAUGCGCGCGCAUCCGUUACCUAGCAACCGUACAAUAGAUCCAAUCAAACAGAACUAAACGACAACUGUUAGCUAACUUACUUCCUGCAGGUAAUAAGAAGUGCAUUAAAAACCAAGUGCCUUUAUGACAGAAUGGGGAAAAAAAUAAAGAAGGAAGCUGAACCACAACCCAAACAAGGAUUUGAAACUCUGCCUAUUGAGAGCAAGAAUGCUGCAACAGUGAUUCUCAUGCUUCAGUCUCCUGAGGAAGAAGUGGUUGUCAAAGCCCUCGAAGCCAUUUAUAAGUUUGCAGAGAAAGGUGAUGAGAACAAGAGCUCUCUGAUGGCUUUAGGGGCAGUGGAACCGCUAACUUGCCUUCUAAAACAUGACAGUAAAAUUGUUUGCAAAAACGCUUUCAUGGCUCUGGGUGUCAUGGUUUCAGACAAGGAUGUCAAACGAUUGAUCAAGAAACUAAAUAUAAUUCCAUCUAUCAUCACCAAACUGGCACCAGAAGAAGACGUUACUGUUCUUGAAUUUGCCACUCUGCUUUUGGCACAUCUGUCUGUGGACAUGACAUGCAAGGUUCAGAUUUUCCAUAAUGAUGGACUGAAACCUCUCCUCACUCUACUGUCCAGCACGGAUCCUGAUGUAAAAAAACAAUCGGUGGAAUGCAUCUACAAUCUUGUUCAGGAACUUUCUAGUCGGGUUGCAGUGCAUACAUUUAACGGAAUCCCUCCACUGCUGGAGCUGCUGAGUUCUGAAUUUCCCAUCAUUCAGCAGUUUGCUCUGCGCACCCUAGAGACCAUCAAUAAGGACAGAGACAGUCGAACAGCAUUCAGAGAACAAAAUGGAUUUGCUCGAAUCCUGGAGUUUCUCACAAAGAAAGAGUUUAGUGACCUUCAUGUGGAAGCUCUGAAAGUCAUCUCAAAUUGUAUGGAGGACACUGAGUCCAUGCAGCUGAUUCAGGAGAAUGGAGGCCUGGAGAACUUGCUGCAAUUUCUCAUUACACCCACUGCUCAUGAUAUCCAGGCUACUGCGGUUGAAACUAUCAGCAAAGCAGCGCAGAGUAGUGAAAAUCGAAAGAUCCUGCAUGAGCAAAAUGUUGAAAAGGCCAUCAUUGAAUUGCUUGCAGUGGAGAACGACAGCAUACAUACUGCUGUAUGCCAGGCAGUGUCAGCCAUGAGCGAGAACCUGAGCAGCAGGGACACUUUCAGACAAUUUGAUGGGAUCAAACUUAUUGUGCAGCUGCUAAACAGUGAGGGAGAUAGGGUAAAAGAGGUUGCAGCAGAAGCCUUAUCAAGCCUUACCCACGCAAACCAGCCAAAUGCAUAUGCUGUUUAUGAAGCGGAAGGAGACAAGCUUCUUGUCCAGCUUCUACAGAAUGGCUCUCCUCCAGCAGUAGUACAUGCAACAGCUGUUCUGAUCAACAUGGCAUCACAGGAAGUGAUCCGCUCUCGCAUUAUCUCCCACGGAGCCAUCCAGGCAUUACUGAAACCCCUCUACUCCACUGAUAAACACACACUCACCAACGUCACUCAGGCUGUAGCUGCACUCACUUGUGAUGCAGAGGGAAGGGCUGAGUUAAGAAGUGUUGGAGCUUUGCCACAAUUGGUUAAUCUCCUAACAUCCAAGUAUCCUGAUGUUCGGCGAAAUGUAUGCUGGGCAGUGACUGUGUGCGCGACCGAUGAGCCAACAGCCACAGAAAUGUGCAGAUUAGGGGCUUUGGAGAUCCUCCAGGAGAUCAACUCCUCACUGAGCCGUAAGAAUAAGUUCAGUGAGGCAGCCCUGCAGAGGCUCUUGGAUAGUAACCUCUCUCUAAAAUACAGCCUUACAGGAUGUCUCUUCCCUACUGAUAUCACUACUGAUGGGUUCUAUGAUCCAGGACAGACCAAAGAUGGUCAAAGGAUUCCUGGUCUUGAAGAUAUAGCAAAGCAGGUUAUCAAUCAGCGCCGAGCAGUCAUAGCAGUUAAUGGAAACCCCCCAGAUGAGACAAUUACUGAUUCACAAGAGAAGGGGCAGCAGCAGAGUCCUACAGAAAGUCAGAUCUCGACUGUAAUGAGCAGCCAAGGGAGCGUCAAAACAACUAGUAAAUCAAAAGCCAAAGCGGGGCAGGAGGAUGAGAUUCAGAGUCAUGACAAUGAGUGUAAACCCCAGGAGGAAGCAGUAGUAGAAAAGCCAUGGACACUGCCAUAUGAUGCUCAGUUGAAUAAUCUGAUCAAAGAGACCUUCAAAUCUGUCUUGCCCUUACAUGAUGAGGUGGAAAUGUACACUGCCGUGGCAAAGUUGGUGUGUGAUGCAAUGGGAGGGCCAAUUGAUAUUGAGCAACAGUAUGAUUUUCUUUGGGAGCUUCACCUGAGUGAGCUGAAGGUUGAGAUGCAGUCAAACAUCAUUCCUAUCGGCAAGAUCAAAAAGGGAACCUACUACCACAGAGCCUUACUCUUCAAGGUUUUGUCAGACAGAAUUGGCUUGAGCUGCAGUCUGGUGAGAGGAGACUACAAUCGUGCCUGGAAUGAAGUUCUGCUCCCCUCCACCACCACAAGAGCUACUGGAUUAUACCCUCAUCUUCAGACUUACAUCAUAGAUCUUAUGCACAAACCUGGAACCCUUAUGAAGUGUGAAACACCUGCUGCUGAACAGUACCAGACAAUCUAAUCAAAACACAUUGGUUUAAAGUUUAUAGCUUUUACUAUGGCCAUCUUAGCUUUAUACUUCAUAUUUGUUCUCAUGACCAUAAAGAUAAUCCUGUUCAAUCAACAAUUAAUCCUUCAACUGACUUGUACUAUGUUUUUAUAACUCACAGAUAUUAAAUAUCAUUGGUCUUAAAGGAUAGUUUGCUUACUAAAUAAGACAAUAAUGUGGUUUGAGGAAACUGUGUAAUAACUGCAAUAAUAAAUGCAGUUUGUAUGAUGAUAAUCUGGAAGUUAUAUGUGCCAUCAUCUAUAGCACAACUGUACAUACAAUUUAUUUUUCACUCUUUUUUUUCUCUAUUUGUAUUUUCAUAUGUGUAUUUUUUUUAUUGUCUGUGUGUUGUUGUCUGUGUACUUUAAGUGUAUGACACUUAGAAAUUCCUUGGAUCUGAUUCUGAUUCUGGUGUCCUUUACUUGUAAUAAUAAUUCCAGUAGAAAGGACUGUUGAGAUGCCAUCUACAUUUGAGUGAACAAUAAAUAACAUUUGGUGGAAAUUUCA